AUGGCACUCGUUGUGAUGUGUGGGCAGCCAUGCAGCGGCAAAUCAGCAGCCGCUGCUUGCCUUGCUGCGGCACUGCACUCCUCCACACCUGACCUUACUGUCCGUAUCAUUGAUGAGUCAUCCCUCCAUCUCGGGCGCAACGAUAGUUACAAAGAUAUGGUUGUGGAGAAAAACUUGAGAGGAGUUCUUAGAUCAGAAGUUGACAGGUCCGUGUCACGCGACAGCAUAAUUAUCAUCGACUCGUUGAAUAAUAUUAAGGGGUACCGGUAUGAGUUGUGGUGUCUUGCGCGUGCAUCUGGAGUAAGAUAUUGUGUGCUUUUUUGUGAUACAGAAGUGGACCAUUGUAGGGAAUGGAACAACAACCGCCAGGAGAAAGGAGAGCCAGCAUAUGAUAGUAAUAUAUUUGAAGAUCUUGUAAGCAGAUUUGAGAAGCCAGAUAGGCAUGAAAUAGUGGAAACGGCUCCUGUUAUUGGUGAGGCUGUGUCAUAUUUGACAAAGAAAGUAGAUUCCAAAACAAGAGACGUAAAAGUUCUCCAGCCUACAAUAGCCACUCAGACGGUGCGAACAACAGAGGCUAAUUCCCUCUAUGAGAUGGACAAAGCAACACAGUUGGGAUUCUUAACUGAUUGCUACAUCAACCUUCAGAGAUCUGUUGGCCUGCCAGAGCUCCGAAGCCUGCGACGAACUUUCAUCAAGCUGGCAGGGCAGUACAGUCUGAGUGGGCCACCACCACCGACAGAUGCUGAUAGCGCAAAGAGGAUGUUUGUCGACUAUUUAAACCGUGAAGUUGGUGCUUGA